CGUGAUUCAUUAUCGCCCUACAGACACGAUCGACAACGGUGUGGCCGUAUAAGCCCCAUGAUUCGGAAUACCCCGGCCCCUCCGCCAUCAACUCCGCCCCCGGCUCCCUUUUGAGAGAAUUGACACCCAUCCAUCCAGCUCGGAGCCUGGGCUAGCUCGCACGGGGGCUUGCCUGCUGCGUGCGGAGCGGAGCGGACGGCCGGCGCUGCAAGGGAAGGCCCGAUCGUGUUUCGUUUCCUACCCUACCUACCAUCGUCCGGUUCUCUCCAAGCCCCCCCUCCGGCGCUGACGAUGGACGGCCUCCACACCGAGCUCGCGCUGGGGCUGCUGGAGUGCGGCGUUGUUGGCAGCGGAGGCGAGACAGCGCCGUUCGUGGCCAAGACCUACCAGAUGGUGUGCGAUUCGCGGACGGACGCGCUCGUCCGAUGGGGCAGGGGGAACAACAGCUUCGUCGUCGCCGACCCCGCCGGCUUCUCGCGGCUGCUCCUCCCCUGCUUCUUCAAGCACAGCAACUUCUCCAGCUUCGUGCGCCAGCUCAACACAUACGGGUUCCGGAAGGUGCACCCGGACCGGUGGGAGUUCGCGCACGAGUCGUUCCUGCGCGGCCAGACGCACCUGCUGCCGCGCAUCGUGCGCCGCAAGAAGCGCGGCGGUGGAGGAGGAGCCUGCUCGUCCGGCGGCGAUGCGCCGCAGGCCGGCUGCUGUAUCAGCACCAUGGGCGAGGAUCAUCGUCCGGAGGCGGAUCCGGACGAGAAGCAGGAGGCGGAUGCCGAGGCGGCUCUGCUGGAGGAGGUGCAGCGGCUGCGGCAGGAGCAGACUGCCAUCGGGGAGGAGCUGGCCCAGAUGAGCCGGCGCCUGCAGGCCACGGAGCGGCGGCCUGACCAGCUCAUGUCCUUCCUAGACAGGCUCGCGGAGGACCCCGACGGCGUCACGCGCAACCUUGUCGAGCAGGCCGCCGAGAAGAAGCGCCGCCGCAUGCAGCUCGCGUCCCAGUCGCAGCCCGCCCGCCCGCCGCUCCCGCCGGCGCCGCCGCCACCGGUGCUCCACCCGCUGCUGGCGCUCGGAGGCGCCGCCGCCAAGGGCCUGGACGGCUGGCAGUGGGCGGAGCUGCAGAAGCCGUCCGUUGUGCUCCCCGCCUUCGAUUUCGAUCCCGCCGCCAGCUGCUGCGGGGCGCAGCAUGCGCCGAAUCUCGGCGGCGCCGGCAUCAUCGGCAUGGGCCUGACUGCUGAUGAGACCACGGUAGAGACCCCCUUCCCGUUCUGCCUGCUCGGCCAGGGUUUCUUUUGACCUGCUGCUUGCUGGUACGGUGGGGUGAAUCAUGCACGUGCACGUUCUACCGUUACCCUACCCCCGCGCUCGAUCUGCUUUACUGCUGCCUACUGUUACCAUUCAGUCACUGCUCAUCCUCCUACAACCAUGUCCUCUGCAAACCAUUGUUCUGCUUGCUCUGCACAUCGGCAUGACGACGUCUGAUGAUGCUAGCUAUCCACAAAUGAGCACAGGCUAUCGCAUGCUACUACUGCAUCUACUGUAUGUAACCUUAGAGCUAAACUUGAUCGUUGGAUGAUCAUGUCCAUCAUUAGUUCUAGUGAUUAGUCCUUGCAUUUUGUUUGGUUGGACUUGGACAUAUUGCUAGUAGCUAGGCCUAGUGGAGAAGUUCUUCGAUCGUGUCCUCCAAGUCUGUAUUGUAGGGCCGCUUUUCAAGGGAUUAAACAAAGCUCGCCGCACUUUGGCGUUCGUGCAUUAUUUACUUUUGCUGCAAAAACUAUCUUCUGUCAA